AUGGCUUCAAGCUCCGCAGUUCCCAUCGCGGGGCUGAAGCAUGACAUACUGCUGGAACUAUUCGCUCUGAUCGCGGCGACGGACGUCCCGCACGCUCUGCCUUGGGUCGAUCCCGGACCUUUGCGAUACCACCUCGGAUGGGUCCGUUUGACGCACGUUUGCCGCCUAUGGCGUGUGAUCCUUGUGGACGAGAUGCCUCAGCUUUGGGCGGAUGCGGUGUGCAGGAUACCACCUGCGCACGACAUCAUGCUCACGCGGGCGCGCGACCGCCCUCUCACCUUGAACCUCAACAUAUCCCUCGGCCAGAAUCUCAACCUCCCUUCCGGACACAUUCAUCAUGAACGACUGUACAACUUCGCUCUUGCGAACAUCGGUCAGGCCGAAGCCUUUCACGCAUUGCACGCAACCCCGGAUCGGGACUGGGUACCAGUGCUUGACGGGAAGCACCUCCCUUCGCUGAAGUAUCUGGAACUUAUACAACGGCAACCGCGCCGUGGCGACAGGAGAAUCCCGGUUCUGAGGUCACUCGAUGCGCCGAACCUUCUCUGGGCCAACCUGGAGGACAUCUCCCUCACUUUCACGUCCACUACUCUCCGUCAUCUAUGCAUCUUCGGCCACCAGAUGUUCUGUAACCCCGAGUGGUCAAUUCUGGACGUGCUAGGACGCCUCCCCCUUCUUGAGUGGCUGUCACUCGACCAGCAACCCCACGAACGCGCCGACUACUCGCAGUAUCAAGGCCCCCCUAUCUCCCUCGAGCACUUGAAGCUCCGCCGUUUAUACGGUAACGCCAAUUCGGACCUUGUCACGUUCAGCAAGCAUCUUCCAAUCACACCCCGUGUACAAGCGCAGCUGCGACAGCUGUAUCAUGCCCAUAUCGUCAUUGACGGCGAGAGAUGGGAGGAGGACUUCAUCGCGGCCUUCGGACCUUCGCUCAACGAACCGUCCCUGGACGGUCUGCUCGUCUGCGACGAAGGAGACAAGAUUUUCGUUUCCACAUUUCCGGCGUGUGAGAAACCGGAGCUUGCGCCCAGAGGAUGCAAACGACACUUCGGCCUCGACGUCCUGUACGAAGCCGAGCCCUUUCCACUCCGAAUCGGAUUGGCCGUGCUGGAGCACGUCGAUUCGUCUCGCGUCAAGCAAUUGGCCUUCGAAUUCAAGGUCGACGACGAGCACAUGGACAUGACCGUGGAGGCACUGCGCAUGUUUACCUCUGUCACCGACUUCGCGGCCUCGACAAGGGACGUGCUCCUACUACUCUCAUUCCAGAAGGACGGUUCGAUGUUGUUUCCCAACCUCGAGUCACUUCAUGCAGUCAUGGAGGCUCCCAUCGACACGGGAUUGUUGCACGUUUGGUGGGAUAGGCUCGUCAGAGCCAUAACAGAUCGGUCGGCCGCGGAUAUCCCCAUACGCUGCCUUCGACUUGCCGACGAUUGGAGGUCCGUUGAAUGGAGUGAGGAGCUUGCAACAAUCGAUGCCAUGGGGAUCGCAAGCGUCACGAAGCUCCUCGGUUUUGAGGUAGUAGACGAUCGUAGUACAUACACCGAACCUUACCGUGACCAUUCAUGA